GUUUGCGAGCGCGAAGCAGCGGACUGAUGCCUUCGCCCUUCUCAUCCAAUCACCCCGACCGACUUUGCUGCUCUCUCCUCCCGCUGCCCUGAUUGUCCUUGCAGACAGCGGCUACGACCGUCUACUCUGCUUUCGACACCAUCCCUCUCACGAUGGACCACAAUGGCGGUAGCACCUCCAUCAAGAAACAAGACGAUGGGGACGCGUCCGAUUCCAAGGGCACCCCGAAGGGCGACACGAAGCCUAGUGUCCGGACCCUCAAUCGAGUACCCCGUGCCUGUAAUGCUUGCCGGAAGCAGAAGAUGAGGUGCGAAGGUGCAGAGAAUCCGCCCUGUCGAAGAUGUAGACACGCAGGCCUGGAGUGUCUAUUCGAGAAGCCACAGAGGGAAGCUAGUCUUACGGGUGAAGCGGGCUUAGAACGUAUACGGAGCCUUGAGGCCCACGUCGCGGAUAUACGUCAGACUCAAACCGCAAUUCAGAACACAUUACUGGAAAUUGCUUCUCAUCUUCGCGGGGGCCCUCCCUUCCAUUCCCGGUCCCCAUCGUUUCCGGCGUUCGUACAUCAGUCACCGAGCGCCCUAUCUAUGGGGUCUCCGAGCGUUUCAACACCUACCACAGUACAACAUCCUCCGCAGCUCAUGUUGGAUACCUCACAUGCUGGACCGACGUCGCCUUCAAGUAACGGGGCGAUGACUCACGGUUCUGGGCCUAUGUCCGCCACGAUGAAUUCAACUGCUCAUCGGCCAAAUCGCGAUCCGACGCCCACCCAUUAUCGGAGCCCUUCAUUGGGGGCGACAGGUCGCCGUCCUGUUAGCCAACACGAUGCCCACAACUCGCAGCUCUCAAGCUCUAGCAGUAUGAUGUACCCGCCCCCGAAUCCGCCUACACACCGUAUGUCCGCACAGGGAACUACUCUUCCACCUUUCUCAAGCAUAUCAAGCAUAGAAACCAUGGGCCCACCCCGGAGUCAGCCUCCGAAUGUUUCCUCCGUGCGAUACAACCCGGGCGAAGGCUCGCGGCAAGUCCACCGAACUGCCAACGGUCAGGAAGCCACGGUCGGGUCGAAGAGGGCUGCACCCACCUCAAAUGUCACCAGCGCGGACUCCUCUGACGUCGAAGACGAUGACGGGGAACUUCCUGCGUCUGGCCUAGUAGCGCCCUGGGAAGUCUUGCGUGGCCUGGCCGACGUCGCCAUCCAGCGAGCCGCUAAGGAGAACGGGGGUGAGGUGAGCGAGCCUCCGAGUCGCGCGCGAACCCCGUCACCGGACCCGCGUCAGCCUCGACCACCGAAGCGGCGAAAAGUUACCCAUAAACAGCCUAGGUUUGCCACUUUCCCUGAUGUUGUCACAAAGAAGAUCAUACCGGAGUCAGAAGCUCGAGAACUAUUCCGGAUAUUCUACCACGGCUGCUCUACGUUCUUACCCAUAUUUGAUGCCAAUGUGGAUACCUUCGAAGCCCUCCAUGAACGCUCGCCAUUUGCCGUGGAUUGUAUUUGUAUGGUUGCAGCGCAAGUACGAGACGGAGGAGGCAAGCCGAGCGAAACCUUCCUCAAAUGCCAGGAAGAAGUGCAGGCCAUAUCUUGUGCUACCCUGUUUUCACCUGUGACCCGACAAGAAGCUGUACAAGCGAUGAUUCUUGUGUCCGGAUGGUCAGAUAACGGUUGGUUGAGCGGAGGACACGCAGUACGUAUGGCCAUGGAGUUGUCGAUGCACAAGGCCUGGCCCGAGUUGCUGAAGAGAAUGAAGGCCAACAAGGCAUCUGACUCGCCGAAGGAUCGCCAGCUGGUAAUCGCUGCCAGAACCUGGUUUUGCUUGUAUCUCUUCGAACAUCAGAUGUCCUACGGGACGGGUAGGCCGUCGAUCCUCAAGGAUGAUGAAAGUAUCUGGCAAUGUCGGCACUUGUUGCAGCACCCGCUUGCCAUCGAGGACGACAUGCGGCUGGUCUCUACCGUUGAACUCAUGGCUAUCCGAGAACGGGUCAACAACAAUCUAUCGCCGCUGUUCGACAAGCCCGUCGAUGACAUCACGUUCAAUGUCCUGCGCGAAGCUGACAUGGAAUUCCGCAACUGGUACGCUACGUGGGAUCAGGCCUUUUCGCGGAAGUAUGAGGACGCUGCUUUCUAUCGUCAGAGUCUGCAGAUACAGCAUCUUCAUGCCGAGCUAUACCACAAUGCCACGGCCCUCAGAGGUGUCGACAGUCCAGAAGACGUUCUCAGAAUACCUGCUGCUCAGCGCGACUUGGCCAUCAGGUCUAUCCAGAUAGGACGGCAGGUACUCGAUAUCACUGUCAAUUCCCCUGCAUACCGAGAAGGCAUGAAAUAUGCUGUGCAUUAUACCCAUGCAACUGCAACUUUUUCCGCCUCAUUUUUGUUGCGCUUGGCACGGCUAUUCCCCGAUCAGUACGAUUUGCAGGAAGUGCGUACGACGGUGGAACGUCUUGCCAUGCUUCUCGCUGAAGUGCCUGGGCGGCGUUAUGCGCUUACGUUGCAGCUAAUGUUGAAGCGUUUCCGGAAACGCUCUGCCUCCACUUCUCGCUCGCCGCGGACCGCUCGUCCGCGGUCACAUAGUAACGCGAGUUACAGCCACGAGUCGAUGGGUUCUGCGCCGAGCCAGCAACCCGCGUCGUCCACAUAUGAUGCGUCGUAUUCGAACCAUCCAGGUCAAACCGCCAUGGGUCAAAUGCAAAUUGGGUACUCUCAACCCAUGACACAGUAUGCCCCGAACGCGGACCCAAGCAUAGAUCUCAUAUGGCGUGGAUUCGAUACGACGGCCAACGAGCAGCUUCCGGUGUGGCUGUCUGACCAAACCCUGGGUGGCGGCUCCGUCAUGCAGAAUGGUAUGGAUGCAUUCCUAUUGCCGAACGACUAUUUGCCGCCUGCGCCGCAAAUCUGGUGAUGUACGCUCUGUAGCGAUAUCGGCAAUUUUCCUUUGUUGUAUAUAUUACCUUUGUACUCAUGCUGGCCAAGGCGCACCUGCUGUUGUGAUCGCGUAGUUAAUAGCCGUACGUAUCGUUCGCGCUGGGACGUUCCGUGUACUCGAUAUGAGUUAUACUUGCUAUCCUGCUGUAUCGCUACUGGAAUGCAUUUUGGUUAUCUGCCAUGUAAA